AUGAGAUUCUGUAGGCUUCUUGGUGAAGGUGAUGUUGCUCUUUCUUUUAGUGGUUGCGGAUUUCUCGGUGUUUAUCAUUUUGGAGUUCUUAAAGGACUUAAUCGUGACGGGAAGGCUUUGAUGAAGCGAGUGAAACGUUGUGCGGGUGCAUCAGCAGGUGCUCUGGCAGCUGCUUUAUGGACAUUUCAACCUGAUGAUGCUGAGAAAGGUUUUAACGAUGUGAUCAAAAUGGCCACUGAAAUACAUUCAUUACGAUUUGGUGCAUUAUCUCCAGAUUUUGCACUUCACAGAAGUUUGCAGAAAAUUGUAGAUUUCUAUAUUCCGGAGGAUAUUUCAAAUGCACAAGACAAACUGUACAUAUCUCUUACCGAUCAGAAGAAGAACGUUAAUAGGUUGAUUUCAAAAUUCACGUCAAGAAAUUAUUUGAUAGACUCAUUACUAGCCAGCUGUUAUAUCCCGUUUUAUUCUGGUUCUUCUCCUCCUGUGAUUGAUGGUGACCAGUAUAUCGAUGGUGGAUUUACGAAUAAUUUGCCAGUAUUUGAGGAACUACCGACAAUUACUAUUUCUCCAUUCAGUGGAAGUGCUAUUAUUGCUCCAAAUGAUUACGAUUCGUUGCGACCAUUUCGUGAAUGGCGCUUGCGAGUUGGUACACAAGAACUAAAGGUAAAUGUGCAAAAUAUGAUUCGAGGAGCGCAAGCUUUAUUUCCUCCAAAUGUUGACGUCCUUAAAAGUUAUUAUGAAAUGGGCCAACGCGAUGCAAUGAGGUUUUUAUUGGGUGUUGGUAUUUUGGAACGACAGUUGGGUGAUGCUGUUUGA